AUGACUUCGGGAACUUGGUUCUGCAGAUAUGCGGUAACUGAUAUGAUGAAGCUUGCAAACCGAAUGCAGUUUGGAAUACCAGAGGAGAGCUCAUUAGGUGAUGGUUUGGGGGAAGGUUAUGGCAUGCUCGGGCAGGCCGGAAGUGGGAAGCUACGUGUCUCAGCUGCACAGAACAAACUUGCUGCUAAAGUGGCAAAAAAAUUCAAGGAGAAGAGUUGUGGUAGCAGUGGUGCAACAUCUGGACUGACAUCUAGUUUGGCCUUUACACCAGUUCAGGGAAUAGAACUGUCAAACCCACAGGCACACGGGAACCUUCUCGGAAGUGGAAUCCAGAGCACCUACUUCUCGGAGACCGGCACAUUUUCUCGGAUCGGUAGGCCUGGAGGUUAG